CGUCGUUCUCGCGAUAAGUCGUGAAGUACUUUUUCACAACCUGUGACUCGACUCGGGCAGAAAGUAUUGCGUUUGCGUAGAUGGUGGUGGAGUGCACUCAGCUGUACGAGUCGGGUGACAGAUGAUGUCCUGGUCAUAACAAGUUUGUGCCCAGGGUAUAGCGAGGAUCUGUCAUCCGCUGGGUAGAUCACGGUGGAUCUCCCGAGGAUCGCCAAUACAAAGACGAGUCGAUGUGAUGGGGCCAGGAAUCGCAGGAUCUCCGGCCGUGCGAAUCGAGGCCUUGUAAUCGGCAUCGAGGUUGGUGGAUGAGAACGCAGUACUACGGACUACUUAGAGGGACAGAGAGGUGAAGAACAUGGGAAACUGCUUCAAGCGCGUCGGAGGCAGUCAGCAGGAUAACAACACUCUACUCAACAAUAGUCCUGACCCUGCAUUGACUAGUGGUUUCCUGCAAGAAGCAUUGGGACCACCGAUACCUUACAAUGAGGUGACCGGAGGGUAUUAUCCACCCAUUGCUACAAGGGAGCGUAAUCUGCAAUCGACCGAAUUGGGAAUUACUCAAGGAAUUGGGGUUGUUGUAAAUACUGGGGGCGGAGGGAUGUUAACUGAAGAGGAGCAUCAGGUGCGAAUUGCCAAACGCAUAGGAUUGAUACAACAUUUACCAACACGGGAGUACGACGGGGCCAAGAAAGGGGAAUGUGUCAUUUGCAUGAUGGAACUCUUGGUAGGAGAGGAAGUUCGUUACUUGCCUUGUAUGCAUACCUACCAUGCCACCUGUAUCGACGAUUGGUUACUGCGCUCGCUGACAUGUCCCUCGUGCAUGGAACCAGUCGAUGCCGCCUUAAUCAACUCCUACCAUCCUACCACUUAAUGUCUCCCAUGGAGUCAUCGUGUCGAAUCAGCUGAUCUACUGUCAAACUAGGCUAUCUGGUCAGCUUUAAUACAUGUCUGGGAAAAAUGCCACUCAUAUUAUUGCAAAAUGAAGGCUUCUGAGUAGUGGUUAGAUUUCACCGGAGUACCGGCUGGUUGUAUCUGUCACUGCGUUUCAUGUACGUACUUAUGCGUGCUAAUGGGUAAUAUUAUCCGUACUAUAGCAAAAGUAAAUAUGGAAUCGAAAAUACCCACUACAGAUCUUAUUGAGUUUGUCCACUCAAAAAUCGCCAGGAACUGAGUUUCUAAAACGAUUUCAUAACACGAGCAAAGGCUCUCGUCACAAAAGAGAUCACUUAAUUUAAUUUUGUGUAGAUAGCACGACUUAAAAUGAUUAGAUUUCGACAACAAUGACCUUCAUUUGUUAAAACGGCUGCUUCGGUGAUUGCGCUUAUAAAUAAUUUUUUUCCACUACAAUCACCGAUAAAUUUCACCGUUAUUGAGUGCUAUUCAAAAUUACGAAAUUUACAUCUCGGGCCGAAUACGAAUCUACGAAGUUCAAAAGAAUACAUUUGUACCGUAACGUAAUUUCCGACGUGUUUCGAAUCGAUUAGCCCAUAACUUAGGUAAAUUAACAAUAAGUAGAUGUAUGAUAAAACUGACUUUGUAUAAUGACGAUGUCACUGUGUCGGGCCUAGAAGCCUACGUUUACAUCACAAAAUGAAAUUGCAGUCAACCGUUUCCUUGACUCUAAGUUUUUAUGUAAAUUCUUUUUAAUGGUAUUUUGGCAACUCCAGUUUAUUUAGACCAAAUCAGAGUGCCGACUCUAAAACUGGACCUCGAGAAACUCAAGCAUCAAGCUCGUACGUUCGAUUACUGGAGUAUAAGAGUUCUACAUAUAACGCAAUAAAAAUUCUUGACACGAUUCCAUGGGUUGACCGUCGGCUUUACUUCGUCGUACCGACGAUCUUAACGCAGAAACUCAGGUUUCCGUGACAGACCUUGCGGAUACAAUUUAAUCGAAGCAAAUGACUAAUUACUGGCGGUGAUAGUGUAACGCAGUGGAUUGCUGUAUUAGCUACCAUGCCUCGUAACAAGCUGCACUGUCGAUACUUCCAAUACCAGCAAUGAUAAACAAAGAAGUCAUUAGCUAUAUUUGUUCAUUGGUUGUUAUAAACGUUGUUAGUUCAGCCGUCAUCGAUGAGCCUUGUGUUUCCUUUAACAUUGUCAACAAUAUUGUUACUAGCAAUUACAGUUAAUUCCCAAUGCCCAUACUCUGCAGCAAGCGUUUGGUCGUAUAUAUAUUCAGCGAUGAGAUCUAUGUACAUAAUUUAGUUGCGAUUGUAACCGAGUAAUUAGUUUAAAAAAUGUACCGUCAUCUUAAUCAUUUGAAAUUGGACGUCGUUCGGUAACAUCUACACUGUUAACAAUAUCAACGCUACAUUCACAAUCAGAUAUAGCACAUAUAAAUGACAUCGGGUGCACAAUAUAAAUUUCACCGAUAUUAAGUUAUUAGAAUUAAUCAUAAAAGCUGUUACGCCGACUUAAAAUUCCCAAGGCUUUGAGACGAAGUACACACUUGUACAUCUGUUAAAUUUAAUGCAAUUGUUUUUAACAGUGUAGAUCGGUACUUGUAAUUACUUGACAUCAAGCAACGACAAAAGAGUUUAACGACAUUGGGGUUCCUUUGCUCAGUUACAAUGGUCGUUAAAUGACAUAAUUCACAUCCCUGUAUAUAUUUUUAUUAAUGUAUGCCGAGACGCGUGUCCAUACAGCGAUUUGCUCUUUAUUAAUUAGGCCCGUUUAGAUUUAAUAAUAGGGAUUUGUGAUAAAAAUUUUAAGUAAACCUAACAAAGAGCGACCGACGCCAGUAAUGCCCGGUGUCGGAAAUUCGGACGUACGCGAUCGCGUUAUGGAAAAAGAAGAAAAAAAAAGAAAGAAAGAAUGCUUUGCCUUCGUUGCGUGUGAUCUGAAAGGCCCGACGAAAGAAAUGCUCCAAGAGGAGAACGUCUUUUCAUUUCGAAGAGGCGCUAUUGUUUAAAGCCGAUCAUCACACGCUUUAGGACUUUAUGCGGCGCAGCGGGUGCCGUAAUUAUCUUUACUUUUUACGGGAGAAAAACAAAGCUUGAAUCUGUAAUACUGUUAAGGGGUAUUGUUUAAACUGGGAGAAAUGGAGCUGUGAACUAGUGAUUUAUGACGAAACAUAAAUACACAGAUAGUGAUUUAAUACAAAUAUAAUUAUUUAGUAACAGAGUGCGACGCCGUUAUUUCCAGUCACUCCGAGUCAACGUGAGAUGAGCCUGUACUAAUACUGAAAUCAGAGAUGGACGUACAGUCAUUUAUUUUUACCUCUAUUCUGAUUUUCAUUCGGCGUAGUUUUAUAUUAAAAAUAAUUGGCCAAGUCUACCACAGAAAUUGGAAACAAUUGGUUACACCUAAAGAUAUGUAAUUUUAAUUUUUUAUUGUUCGAAUUUGAUAUAUAGUCUAAUAAAUCUCGUAUGUACAUA